GCUAGCUGCUCAACAGCGCCAUCAUUCGUCACCGUUGUCUCAUGUAACAAAUGCCACUUGCUCUUUGUGCUAUAUAUGAUGUCCUCUUCAAUUCUAAACUGUAACUUUAACCGUUCUGUGGACUCCGGGUUUGUGGAUAUCACAGGUGAUCCUCCAUCAAGCACCUCUUUCACGGAUCCUAUGAUUACACCUUCCUCACGCCUCUCGUCAACGGAGCGCAUCAAAUCUGUCAUCAAAAUCCUCCGAGACGGCCGUAUUAGCAUCCUCGAUUUCAUGCUAAAAAUUCUCGAUCCGUCAGAGGCUUGUUUUGCAUAUAAUCGCGACCGCAUAUUCAACUGCUCUCGGCAGGAAAAGACGAGUGUAGAUGUUGGGAAGCCUCCAGUGGGAAAGCUCGAGAAGAUGUUUGAUUGCUUGUUUGCAGAUUCACGUGGUCACACUCGAAUGAUGGAAUGGGUGACUUCAUCCUCAUGUCAUUUCCUCGGUCUCCACUGUAAUCAAUCAGGAGAUGGAUGCGGUGAAGGAGAUUCUACGAGGGACACUCGACUCGAUCACUCCGGAAUUUCUCUUGACGUGGGAUCUUCAUUCGACAAUCCAGAAUGCAGUUGUCUCGAAAGCGCCAGUCCUCAACAGCAUGCUCGCAGUGCGUCUGUUCUGUCACUAUUAUUGAGCGUUUGAAUGUAGUCGGUAGGGAGUCGUUCUUUAAUUAAAUCACACGCGAAGCGAUCCAACGCAUCGAGGGAAGCAUCACGAAAGGCUUGGAUGAUGGAGGAUUGGUCCAUU